AUGUCCCCUCAAGUGACCAACGUCGGCUUCAUCGGCCUAUCCUCCCGACCCGAGUGGUCCUGGGCCGUCGCCGCUCACCUCACCUACUUCAUCAACUCCAAACACUACAACUUCGCAGCCCUCCAAAACAGCUCCAAAGAAACAGCACAAAAGGCAAUCCGUCUCCACAACUUUCCGCAAGACACCAAAGCCUACGGCAACAUCAACGCCCUCGUCUCCGACCCAGACGUUGACCUCGUAGCCGUAACCAUAAGAGUCCACCUCCACGCCGCCGCCGCCGUCGAAGCCGCCAUCCGCGCCGGGAAAAGCGCCGUCUUCUGCGAGUGGCCCCUGGUGCAGAACAGCAUCGAGGCAGAGCGCCUGACGUCCCUGGCUAGAGAAAAGGGAGUCAGGACCUUAGUGGGGUUACAAGGGCAUCAGGACCCUGCUACCCUUAAAGCCAAGGAACUCGUGGAACGCGGGGCAUUGGGGGAUAUGCUGCAGAUCACGAUAUUGUUCAUGAGCCCUUGGUUGGGGCCUACGAUGCCCGAGGCGGCGGGGUACGGCGCCGAUAUCGAGAUUGGCGCUAAUCUAGUGUCCAUCUCGGCGGGCCACGCGCCGGACGCGCUCGAGGGGAAGCCGAAAGGUGAGAUUGAGAAGACGGCGCAUGAUCAUCUCUCUGUGGUGGGGAGGCUUCCCGGCGGCGGGGUUGCGACUGCGGUUUGCCAGGACGGUAUGAGCCAGAUUGACAAGAAUUUCUUUUGGGAAAUUACGGGGACAAAGGGGACGCUUCUGACUGAGGUUCCGAUGGGGAAUAUCCAGGGAUUCCCGCCCACGAUCAAGUUCGUCAAGGCUGAGCCGAGUGCCGUGCUGGAGGUUGUUGAAGUGGAUGAGGUCAAGGGGUUUUCGAAUAACACGGGCAAGGCGUGGGAGGCGUUUGUCGGGGGUUCUGGGGAGGCGCCGGAUUUUGACGUUGCUUUGAUUAGGCAUCGUAUGUUGGAUGCUAUCUUUAGGAGCAGUGAGCUUGGUACGAGGGAGGAGUACUGGUGA